CCACGAGCCCGCCGCCCGGCCGGGGCCCGGCUGCCGUGACGUCACCGCCGGGGCCGGGCGCCUCCCGCCGUGCUCCGCGGCCGGAAGUGGCGCGAGCAGGGAGACGUGUCCGAGCGGCGGGGCCGGAGCGUGAGCGCGGGGCACCGGGAGAGAGCGGGAUGAUCACGGACGUGCAGCUCGCCAUCUUCGCCAACAUGCUGGGCGUGUCGCUCUUCCUGCUGGUCGUGCUCUACCACUACGUGGCCGUCAACAACCCCAAGAAGCAGGAGUGAGGACCCGGUGACCGGGGAGCCCGCCCUGCCAUGCCCCUCCGCCCCUCCCUCCCUCCCUCCCUCCGUGCCGGGCCCCGGGAGGCGCGAGGCCGAGCUUCCUCCAGAGCGAGUUUAACGGGAACACGAUGAUACAGCAGA